AUGGAAAAUAGGACUCUGAAUAAGCUGUUCAACAUUAUAAUCAAUGGCAUGGACAUCAUCUGGAGAACAACUCUUUCAACACUAAUGCUUUUUUUCUUCUUGAGAUAUUUCGAUAAUCCUCCAACUCCUCCAAACCCUCUCCUUAUUUUCUUCUUCCUCAGUUUGAUUCUUUUCUUGUUUAUCAUCCAUAGUAAUAGCUCUGUUUCUAAAGAAGCCCAAGAUUUUAAUGUUCUGUGCACGUUUGAAGAAGACAGUACUACGCUUGAUAAUUACACCAUAGACAAGAACAAAGAUUGUUGUUCUUUCACAAAAUAUUGCUAUGGUAAUGAAGUUGAUUUUUUUAGCUAUUAUGGUAGUUUUCACGAAUUUGAUUAUGAAGAUGAUAUAUGGAAUGAUGAUGAAGAUUAUAGCCAGUGGAAUGAAGAUGAUGGUGAUGAUGGUAUUGAAAACAAUGAUAACGAUGAUCAUGAGCAGGGUGAUGGUGAUGAUGAUACCUUGACGAAUAGGAUUGAAGAUUACAUUGCAAGUGUUUACAAUGGAUGGAGAGAGGAAAGACGAGCAGAUAAACUCUUUGUCUAAUAUUUUAUAAACUUUGUUUUACUUUUACUUUCUCACUGUACAUUAUGAAGAAACUGUUGUGGUGUGUGGUAAGUGUGAAAAAGAAAAUCCCACGGCUGCCUUUCAUUUCAUGAGAUAAUAAGUUAUCGAUAUCACACACACAUAUACAUCUAUGUCGAAUGGUAAUAAAAACCCUUUAAAGUCAAAACAACUAGAAGAACAACACUGGUUUGUACGAAGAAAGUACUUGUCCAAUGACUACUCCAAACAAGACUCCAGGGCCAUAGCCCCUUUGCCGCUGCUU